UCCUCCCGUCCUUUCUCCUUAAGAAAAGCCAAAAAAGGAAAAACGAAAUCCAAAAUUUCGAUAAAAAAAAAAAAACCUUAAGGCCAAUCUACCUAAGGGUUUUAAAGAUUACAUAUUUCUGUUCUGCUUUUAUGAAUGAAAUUGUGGGAAUUCAGAUGAGAUUUAAAUUCCGAGUAAUUGUAAAUUACCUUGAUUAUUGUUAUAAGAAGCAUAAUCGGAUUGGUGAGAAGAAAUUAGUUGAUAAAGAUUGGGUAAUUAGAGAAGAAUUGUGCAGUGGUGAUGUACACGGCUAAUUUGAUUGGGUUUGGCUUAGCCGUAGCUUCAAGUGCGUUUAUUGGAUCCAGCUUCAUCAUCAAGAAGAAAGGUCUACAGAGGGCCGGCGCGUCAGGCUCACGUGCCGGAUCUGGAGGCCAUGGCUAUCUAAGGGAGCCACUUUGGUGGAUCGGCAUGAUUGCUAUGAUUUUUGGUGAAUUUGCCAAUUUUGUGGCUUAUAUUUAUGCUCCUGCGGUGCUUGUGACUCCACUGGGAGCACUGAGUAUAAUUGUUAGUGCUGUUUUAGCACAUUUCUUGUUGAAGGAAAAAUUGCGAAAAAUGGGAAUAUUGGGGUGCAUCUUAUGUGUAGUGGGCUCCACUGUCAUUGUGCUUCAUGCACCAGGAGAGCAUGAUAUUAGUUCGGUUGAUGAGAUUUGGGAACUUGCAACCCAACCUGCUUUUGUUCUCUACGCAGCUUCAGCAAUUGCAGUGGUACUAGCAUUAGUUUUGUAUUGUGAACCACGAUAUGGGCAGACCAACAUAAUGGUAUACAUUGGCGUAUGCUCCAUCUUUGGUUCCUUGACAGUUAUGAGCAUAAAAGCAAUAGGUAUUGCUAUAAAACUCACUCUUGAGGGUUUUAGCCAGGCAGCACACUACCAGACAUGGGUAUUCGUAAUGAUUGCUGUAACAUGUAUAAUCACUCAGUUGAAUUACUUAAACAAGGCUUUGGACACAUUUAACACAGCAGUUGUUUCUCCCAUCUAUUAUGCCAUGUUUACAUCGCUCACAAUUUUUGCAAGUGCUAUCAUGUUCAAGGACUGGGCUGGUCAGAGUGCUAGCAGCAUUGUUUCUGUGCUUUGUGGAUUUGUCACCGUUCUUUCGGGUACAGUAAUUUUGCACAGCACAAGAGAUCCAGAGGCUCCGCCUGUUUCAGAUGCAUAUUCAUCACUUUCUCCUCAAAUAUCAUGGCUGGUCCAUGCUAACGGGGAAAUAUGGAAGCACAAAGAUAAUGAUGAGAUGCAUCCUGAAUUUGUUGCAAUUAUACGACAAGACCACUUUAAAUAAGGGGAAGGAAUCUGGAAAAGUUACAAUCAGGGCUCGUUGGAUUUGUUAACAAACGUGUUGAAGGUACUCCAAGCUAGCAUUGGUGAUAGUAUUAGCAUUCCUUACUUAUCCCUUGACCAAAUAGCACUCAAAUUUCCUGCUUGAGGCAUAAUUGCUCUUGUUGACGGUUUACAGAUAACACCUGGUAGAGGUAAUCCAUUUUGGGUUUGAUAGUCACUAGGAAGCUGAAGAAAUGGUGAAGGCUAAUGUCUCUUGUUUUUGUGUCACUUCUUAUUCUAGGUUUAUUAAAUUUUUUUUUCUCACAAUUUAGGGGACACAGCCAUGGGCUUUGUAUGAGGUGAGAUCCUUUUUCGCAAAAAACGAAUAGAGAAAUCCAUUUUUCCUUGAUAAAGUCUGAUUGUGUU